AUGUAUGACGAGAAAUAUGCACUGAACUUCCCCAAUUCUCAUUAUCUUUCCAAUUUAAACAACUUGAAUGGUACUAACCAAUCAAUACAUCUCAAUAGAUUACCUACUUUGGGAGAAAUAUUGGCUAAUAAAUCAAAAUCCCCCGUGGAUUUAUUUACUUUUUAUCAAUUUAUGAAGGAUGUUGAAGGGAAAGUUGACUAUUUGGAUUUUUGGUUUGAUUUAAUCAAUCAUUUAAAUUUAUGUAAACAUUAUGUUAAAGGUUUAAGAGACUCCAUCAUUAGACAAUCAUCUACUUUCCAACAUAAUCAAACUGCAACACAGCCAACUCCACAGGUCGAAGGUCAUCAAAUCAUAGAUCUGGCCCAACAACAACAACAACAACAUCUACUGCUGCAGUUUGGUGAUUUAUCAUUUGAAUCACCUAUAACUCCAGCCGGUUUCCGUGAUUCACAACCACUUUCAGAUAGAUCUAAACAUAGAUCUUUAAGUUCCUCAAUUUUAUUAGAUUUAAUUAUAAAUGAUAAUAUCCUUGAAGAAAAUGAUUCUCAUAGAUUAUCAGCAUUUUUACGAGGAGAUAUAAACUUAGACAAUUUAGAUCCAAAAUUAAAAGAUUUAAUUGAACAAUAUAAUGCAGAAAUUGAGGCCAACUCAAAACAUUCAUCUCAUUUAGAUAGUCAAGCUAGAUCAUCUCCUAGUUAUUUAUCCAAUCCAAGAAUGAGUUCUGGUUUACAACAACCUCGUCCACAACAAACAACACAAUCUCAAGAUAGACAUAGUAGUAGUCAUUCAUAUUUGGAUGAUGCUGACCAUCACGAUUUUGAAUAUGAAAAUCAAUUAGAUAUAGGUCAAGCUGAUAGAGCUGUUAAUGUUUCCAAAUAUAUCUCAUUACAUUCUGGUGGUCAAAAUGAUCACAGUGAUAAUUUCCAUCAACCACCAAAUCUAUUUAGUGAAGGAAGUGUCACUGCACAACAAAAGAAACGUGCUUCUACUAUAAAUCCAAACUUGUUGGAAAGAUUAAUCAAAGAUUCUCCAGCUUCCGAUAAUGGUGGUAGGUCAUUUAUUACUAGAAACAAUCUACGUGAAUCAUCCCAUCAAUUAUUGUUAAAAUAUUUUGUUGAAGAUUCCGAAAAGAAUUUGAACUUGCCAAGUAAUAUAAAUUCUCAUAUCAUAAAAGCAAUUGAGGUUGAUGGACGUGAUGAUCCUGAUGUCUUCAACUAUGUUAAGAAUUAUGUUUUCAACAGAUUAGAAAAUGAUUAUUUGCCUAAAUUUCUAGAUUUCAUGGCUACUAGAAAUGUUAACCAUUCCAACUUCUGGAGAAUUAUCUUUGGGUUCUUCUUCUUGUUUAUUGGAUUCUGGGUAAGUUUUAUCCUUGUUUUCUUGAAUUAUAGAAAAGGAUUACGACCAGUAAUUGUUGUACCAUACUUAUUUGCAUUUUAUUUCCUUGUAUCUUCAAUUUAUCUAAUAGAUCCAAUUAUGGCUUGGUUAGGAUUAUCAGAAACUUUUUCCAAAAGUAAUGGACGUCUGAUUAUGAAAAUACGAGAAAAGUUCAUUUAUCGAUUUAUUGUUAAAAGAAGUAUUUGGGUGUUAUUUUUAAUUUUAAUUUUCACUGCUAUUUUCACUGUUUUAUUUAGUUUGGUUCCUGGUCAUCGGUUAUGA